AUAUUACUAUUUCAAAAGCAAUCUCUCUACAACCAACAAAAGCAAAAGUGGGGAGAGGCCUGCUCCAAGCUAAGAAAACUGUUUUAAAGUUUUUUUUUCCCCCUUCUCUGAGAAAACCUUUAUUCCAAGAGGCAAGCUAGCCAUGGCUUCCUCGCAAGGAAUGCAGUUGCAACUACAACCCAUCAUCAUGAUGCUAGUACUAGUACAACUAGUAGUGGUGGUGAUAUUCUCAUUAUCAGCAGCAACAAUUGCAGCACCAACAGAGCAGGAGCUGAAAAAUCUUGGCUGCACAAACCGUUGUGGGAAUUUAGACAUCUCAUACCCAUUCGGCAUGGAAGCGAAUUGUUAUCUGAAUGAUAAUUUUUUCAUUAAUUGUAGUGAAUCCCAGCCAUAUUUAUGGGACACUAAUAUCGGUGUUACAAAUAUAUUGCAUGAGGAGGGUGAGUUACGUAUCACGAAUUACAUAUCCCGUCGAUGUUAUAACCAGUCUGGUAACCUAUUACCAAACGACUUAUAUUCAUGGCUGACCCUUGCCAAAUUCUCCAUAUCGAAUAGCAAGAACAAGUUCACUGCUAUUGGUUGUGACACAUUGGGAUCUGUCCAAAUGGCUGAUAAAAAUGGUUCUUCGGUUGUUGCAACUGGGUGUAACUCACAGUGUAGCAGCUACGACAGCGUUCCUAAUGAUGGAUCUUGCUCUGGAAUUGGUUGCUGCCAGACCACCAUCCCAAAAGGAGUCGGCCAGAUCGAAGUUUUUGUGAAUAGCUUCUCCCAUCAUGUGAAUAUAACUUACUUCAAUCCCUGCAGCUAUGCUUUUGUGGUUGAAGAUGGUGCGUUUCAUUUCUCCACAACUUACCUUAAAGAUUUUAAUUCCAUGGAGGUGCCGAUAUUGCUGGAUUGGGGAAUAGGGGAUAAUGAGACAUGUGAAGAAGCUAAAAAAAAUCAGACAAGUUAUGCAUGUGGAGAUAAUAGUGAUUGUUAUGAGGCACAAAUUGGUCUUGGGUAUAUCUGCAAGUGUUCCAAGGGUUACGAAGGGAACGCGUACAUCUCAGAUGGUUGCAAAGACAUAGAUGAGUGUGCAGAUCCAAAUCUCAACCAGUGUGUAGAGGAAAGCAAAUGCUUAAACACGCCUGGGAAUUAUACGUGCUAUUGCCCCAAGAGAUAUCACGGUGAUGGCAGAACAGAUGGAACACGUUGCACUGCUGGUCGAGUUCUUGUGCUUCAGAUUGUGAUUGGUAUUGCCAUUGGUGCUUUGACUGUUUUGGUGAGUAGCUCCUGGUUGUAUUGGAUUUUCAGCAAAAGAAAGCACAUGAAGCUUAAAGAAAAGUUCUUCAAGCAGAAUGGUGGAUUAAUGUUGAAACAACAACUCUCUAGACUAGAGAGACCGACUCGAGAAGCGAUCAAAAUCUUUACUUUAGAAGAGCUCAAGUGGGCUACCAACAACUAUGAUGACAAUAGAAUUGUUGGCAGAGGAGGUUUUGGAACAGUUUAUAAGGGAAUUCUAGUAGAUAACACAACAGUGGCCAUCAAAAAAUCGCAAAUUAUGAAUCAAAGUCAAAUAGAGCAAUUCAUCAAUGAGGUGGUCGUGCUAUCACAGAUCAAUCACAGGAAUGUGGUCAAACUCUUAGGUUGUUGUUUGGAAACUCAAGUCCCUUUACUCGUCUAUGAAUUCAUCACCAAUGGCACUCUCUUUGAGCAUAUACAUAACCCCAUCAAGGCAUCUAAUAUGUCAUGGGAAAAUCGGUUGCGAAUAGCUGCUGAAACGGCUGGAGUAUUGUCAUAUUUGCACUCUGCAGCAUCGGUUCCUAUUAUUCAUAGAGAUGUUAAGUCUACGAAUAUACUCUUAGAUGAUAACUACACUGCAAAAGUGUCGGACUUUGGAGCAUCAAGGUUGGUUCCACUAGACCAAGAUCAAUUAGCAACGGUGGUGCAAGGAACUCUUGGAUACUUAGACCCUGAAUACAUGCUCACAAACCAAUUAACAGAAAAAAGUGAUGUUUACAGCUUCGGAGUAGUGCUUGUCGAGCUAAUCACCGGAAAGAAGGUGUUGUCAUUUGACAAGCCAGAGAAGGAGAGAAGUUUAGCUAGGUAUUUUCUUUCCUGUAUGAAAAAUGAUCGAUUGUUCCAAGUCAUUGAUGAACAUAUAGAAAUUGAAGGAAUUGUUGAGGAGCUCACAGAAGUAGCUAAUAUUGCAAAGAGGUGCUUAAUAGUAAAAGGAGAGGAAAGGCCUACUAUGAAGGAAGUAGCAAUGGAAUUGGAGGGGUUGAUCAACAAAAAGAUGAAGAAGCAUCCAUGGGUUAAAAUUGAUUUGAAUGCUGAAGAGAGUGAGCACUUGCUUGGUGGGAAGUUAAGUGGGUUUGAGUUAGAUUGUACUACCAGUAAUACAACAACAACUGGGUACGGUAGUGUGAGGGAACAUAUGAUGUUGCCAAUGGAUGGUGGGAGGUGAUUUUUUUUGUACUGUUGAGUUCACAAUGAUAACAGAUUGGGUGAUGGUUUGUUAUUACUGUCUUUUGUGUUUUGUAAAAUGAUGUGCUUACAUUAGAUCGUUUCGGUUUAAUUUACAUUUUCAUAUGUAAUUUUUCAUUAUUGUAAUCUAUUAUUCAAAUACAUCAGGAUAUAUAGGAAUAAUUUCAUAAAUAAAUAACAAGUGAUGACAGUAAUUAUAAA